UUACCUCUGCAAGAAUGGAGUUGGUAUAGCAAUGAUUGAAAGCGAAAAAAUGGACACCAAAUUCACUGUGGGAAACAUCACAAAAGACCAUACAGCAAACUACAGCUGUAUGUUCUCCAGAAUGAAACACCAUCCCUGCGUGGUGAGAGGCCAGGGGGAAAAUUCCAUCUCCAUCCAAGUGACUGAUAGAGUCUACCCAGCAGCCAUAGCUGCUAAGUCCAUAGUGAGAUCAGGGGCAGGAGUGGAUCUCAGUUGCUCCUCUACUGAUGCGCCCGACACCAGCGUCCUUCUUGCAUACCUCUGCAGGAAUCACACCAUCAUCGAUGUUCAAAUGUGGAAUUCUCAGAAGAAACAGGCUAGUUUCCAUCUAAAGAGAGUGCAGGGGGGCAACACAGACAGCUACAGUUGUGUGUUGUCAGAACGUCCGCUGGCUGCAGUAGAGUUGGAGACCUGUGGAAUGAACUCAGUGUUCUUGCAUGACAGUGAUAAUGUGUUCCAGUUAAGUGGUCUAACAUCAAUGAUAGCUGUUGAUGAGUCCAGAGUGAGAGGAGGGGCAGACGUGCACUUCAGAUGCUCCUCCACUGAUGCUCCAGACACAGAUGUUCUUCAUGCAUACUUCUGCAGGAAUCAGACCAUCAUUGCCAUUGAGAUGUGGGACUCUCAGAAGAAACAGGCUAGUUUCUAUCUCAGAAGUGUCCAGGAAGACGAUACAGGCAACUAUAGCUGUGUGGUAUCAGAGAUACUGUUGACUAAUGCAUGUGGAAGACAUGCCGUUUUCCUGGAAGUUUAUGAAUCUGAGCCUAUUUCACGUUGGAAUGAGAACUUACUUAGGAUACUGUGUUCCAUUGGAGUGGUCAUAACUGCUGCGUUUAUUCUUCUGAACAGAGUUCAAUUCUGUCAACAAAGAGGUGUUGGUGAAGGAAUGACCGAGACUAACCCUGGUGUGUGCAUUCCCAUGGUAUCCCAGUCAGCUUCAGUGCAGAAUGAGCCGUGCCAUGCUCCACAAGACAUUUAAUCUGAGUCAUGUGAUGAGUAUGGACCAUGUCUGUGUUUCCAUCUGUCUGUUCUAAGUAACUCAUGUAAACAGCUAUGUUAGCACAUUUAUGUUAGUUUUCACAUACUGCUUUUAACCAACUUUGUCUUGUAAUACUGUGCCUUCUA